UCAGUUCAAGGUACACAGGAGAAAGAUUGGCUCGACGGACAAUACCAUAAGGGGGAACAUUAGGAAUAUCCCCUAAAACACUGCAGGGGAAACAGGCCCAGACAAGCAGAGGGUGACACAUGAAGAUGGACUAAGAGCAGUUUCAGAGUUUGAAGGGUCUGUUUACACAAAUGGAUUGUACCUGAUCCGUCGAUCCGACGACGCAGGAAAGGACGACAACUUCACCAACAGACAGGGAGACGCCAUCUUGGAGGAGAGAGCAGGCAGACAGGUACCAUGGAGCCCCUAGAAGGAGUCAGGGUGCCUGUGGAUGUGCUGGGGGAGAAAGAGGCUCUGCAGCAGUUCUUUGACGGUCAGGACAUGAGUGGGGUCCUGGAGAGCACUGUGGUGGACACCAGCAUGCUGGAACAGUACCUCAGUAACGACAUGGACCCCAUUACCUUCAUCCUGCCUGAGUCUCCACCAGACUCCGGAUCUGAACCCUGCUCUCCUCCGCAAGUCAAUUGGUCAAAUGAGCAGGUCAACCAGGAAGUUCACCAGCAUCCAGCCUCAUCCUGUCUUUUCAAAGAGCAGGUUCCUGCGGCCCACCCGGGGCUGCCCCCCCACCUGCAACUCAAGGGUCUGACUAACACUUAUAUAAAAUCCCCCCCAGCCCCUGUCUCUGUCCCAGGACCGUCCCUACACAGCUCCCCCCAUCACCCCUAUUACCUGAGUCCUGCAGACAGCUACAUGCAGUCCAACACCCCUGCACCACCCCUGAUCCAAGAGACUCUUCAACGACGCACACCAACCCAGCCCCAGCCCCAGCCCCAACUACAGCCCCAGCCUCAGCCUCGGUCUCCACAUCUGGGUCCUGAAAAUAUGUACACUAAACGGAAAGCCCCUCAGGCCCCAGGAACAGUCUGCCCUCCAAAUCCUGACUAUUCCUACCUGCCCCGCACCCCUGGACAGCACGCUGGGGCUUUCCCAGCAGACAGGAAGAGGAGGAGGUCGGAGUCCUUCGAAGGUUUGUCGGACCACAGACUCUACCCUGACCCCAUCAGAACCAAGGCUUCUUAUGGUAACAGUGAAGGAGGAGGAGGAGGAGAGGGGGCCUUCUAUGACAGCGAUGGUGCCAAUGGGAAUGUAGGCAUGUGUCCCAACCAGCUCCUGACCUGGGAACACUUCAGCCCCCAGUGGUGCUCUCUCUACAGCACCAACUACCACACUCUGCCCUCCCCUGGUUACCAUGUCGACACUGAUAAAGGCUUCAACUACUCGCUGGCGGAUGAGGCCUUUGUGUGCCAGAAAAAGAACCACUUCCAGGUCACAGUUCACAUAGGCAUGGUGGGAGACCCCACGUAUGUCAAGACUCCGUCUGGCCCCGCCCCCGUAGAGAGCUUCCAGGUCAAGGUGUUUGGGGUCAAGCGAGAAGCUCCAGAUCACCUGGUGACCAUUGAACAGUCCCAGUCUGACCGCACCAAGAAGGCCUUCCUGCCUGUCAGGGUGAGUUUGCCAGGAGAUAAGAUCACAAAGGUAACACUAGGAAGACUUCAUUUCAGUGAAACCACAGCCAACAACAUGAGGAAGAAGGGCAAGCCCAACCCUGACCAGAGGUACUUCAUGAUGGUGGUGGGUCUAUAUGCUACAGUGGGGGAGCAGAGCUACCUCCUGGUUGCCUUGGUUUCCGAGAAGAUCAUCGUCAGGGCGUCCAACCCAGGCCAGUUUGAGCGGGACAGCGAGGUGAUGUGGCAGCGUGGCGCAGGACCAGACACUGUGGUGGGCCACGGCAGGGUGGGCAUCAACACGGACACCCCCGAUGAGGCCCUGGUGGUCUGCGGUAAUGCCAAGAUCAUGGGUGCUGUCAUGCACCCCUCUGAUCGCCGCGCCAAGCACAACAUACAGGAGGUGGACUCCACAGAGCAGCUGAAGAGGAUAGCCCAGAUGAGGAUCGUGGAGUAUGACUACAAACCAGAGUUUGCUACCACCAUGGGCAUCGACCAUGUCCACGAGACAGGUAUAAUUGCCCAGGAAGUGAAGGAGCUGCUUCCUACAGCUGUUAAAGAAGUGGGAGAUAUUACCUUCUCUGAUGGAAAAAAGAUACACAACUUCCUCAUGGUCGACAAGGAGCAGAUCUUUAUGGAGAACGUGGGGGCCGUGAAGCAGCUGUGCAAGCUGACUGACAACCUGGAGAACCGGAUCCAGGAGCUGGAGGUGUGGAACACCCGCCUGGCCAAGCUGAAGAACAUGGGCAGCCUGCGUUCCAGUGGCACAGUCCACUCUGCCGGGAAACCAAAUAAACAAUCCAGUGUCCCAACACUACCAAAAGAAGCCCAGCCCUCUAAAAUCGGGGAGAGUGAGGAGAAGUUAUCUGAGAAGUACAGCCAUUGUUUUCCAUCACAAGGCUUUCAAGCCAGCAUCAUAACCCUGGUAUCCACCAUGGCCUUCUGCAUCAUUGCCAUCACUGCUCUGUAUAUGCUGACACUGAGAGAUGACAGCUUGGACACCUUUCCUGAUAUGGGCAGUAACAGUUCAGAGGCCGUCACCACCACGUCCUUGCCAAGCACAGUGACCCCGACUUCCCCUGACCUCAACCCUGUGGAGGUGGACUUCUGUCAGAUCCUGUACUGUGAGGAGGUCUACUGCUGUCCUCCUAAAAAAGGAAAACAAAGCUGGUCUGACUCGCUGAAAAACUCCAGAGACUGGACCAACACCACUAUCCAGUCUUUCGUCAUUAAAGAAAACCAGCAGGUUAUAGAUAGCCGAUACUGUAUGAAGGGGAAGUGUGGGGGAGGAAAUUACAGCUUCAGCAUCCCCAUCAGCAAGUUUGUUCCUGUCAACAUGCGAAUCACAGUCCAGAUGAACUCAACAGAGCUUCUGGUGAUCCACAUGUGCAAGUCUGACGAGUCAGCAACCUGCUCUGCUCUCAUGGACUACAACCAGAUGGAUGGAUAUGAUUUCAUCAAUUCACAGGGCUAUGUACAUGAGUGGCCCUUGCCCGUGGCUCGACUGUACCGGAGCUCCUAUCACUUCCGCACUGCAGUGGCGGGCCAGGCUGACUGUUUGACUGACCAUAACUACGCAGGGGCACUGUUCACAGACUACCACUUCUUCUUCCAUCGCCACUGUAAAUGAAGAGGAAGAGGAGGAGCUACUGUUCUGGAAACCUCCAAAGUGACUGUGAAUCAGCCGACCUGCGGCCAGCUACCACAGAGUAGCUGUCAGACAGGUGAAACAGGUAGAAACCAGUCACCCGGCCCAGGCUCAGGAAUAUUCUCCCUCUAAAUUAAUACAUAUUUUUGUAUUCUCUAUAGCUCCUGGUCAGUUGAGGCUGUGUGCUUUGUGUCCAGUGAUGUGUGUCCAGAUAAUGAGGAUUUGGGUUCUGUUCAUUGUCCUAAUUUGCUUCAAGAUUUCUGUACAUAAUUUACCUUUUCAAUGCACUGGCAGUGAAGUUGUGUGUUAGAUACGCAGUAUAUAUUUAUGAAUAUAGAAAUAUGUCAUAUCAGUUUGUUUUCCAGUUAUCUGGUUAAUUUGUGUGUUAUGACUAUAUUGCACUACUUGAACAGAGAUUAAAACAAAAUAGCAGUAAAUGGUGGCUGUUGUUUAUAACUUAGUAGUUGGUACACAUAUAAACCAGUUAUAACACAUACACAUCGGUUUGCAACACUGUGCAGUGUAGACUGCUUUCAGUAUUUUAAUCUUACAUAUUGACACAUCUGUGAAGU